AUGUUGCCGUUUUAUAUUCGCUACAUCAAUUGGACUCUUAACCAUGAAGAGUCUCCCCCACGGCAACAUUAUCCGGUCCCAGAGAGUCCACCUAUCAUUGCCUCGCCUCCUCGAAGAAAGAAGUACAACUCGGAAACACCUUCGACUGAAUCUGCCACAAAUGCUUCUUCCUCGCAACAGCCUGUUGUAGAAAGAACUUAUAUGUCAAGCGACACAUCAACAAGGUCGGUAAAGAAGAAGAAGAAGACGAGCACAAAGGCAUUAGUGAAGCGUCUACUAAGCGUUGUGGCUGACUUAACUUCUAAACUAGAUCGUGUAUUACAGAAAAAAGAUGAACCAGAUACAGGGUUUGGAGAAGAGGAGGAGAUUGUAAAUGAAGAGGAGGAAGAACCAUUUUACCAUGGUUUUAAAGAUAGUAUUAUCUCAGAGCUAGAUGUGAUUAACUACUGGAACGAUUUCUCCGAUGGACACAAAACCAAUGCAACUAUUCAGUUUGUUGAUACUAUAGACGCGCCACAACAGGAAUAUAUUGUAGGUAGAGGGGAUUGUGGAGUAUUCGUAUGCAUGUUUAUGGAAAUGAUUGUUUCAGGGUACCAGUGA